AUGUUAACUUUAACGGAAGUAUCCGACGAAGAAUAUCAAGAAUAUGCAACAGGAAUAAUUGAUCCACAAAUAUUUUACAAGCAUUUUUACGAGCUUUUAAAAUUUUUUCAAGUACUGGACGCUCCGAUUCCAAAAUGGACAUAUUUGGCUAAAAUUCUCAUGGUGCUUUGUGCUAUUUCUGCUCAAAGUCUUCUAUCGUUGAGUAUCUAUCAUGGUGUUGACAAUUUUGAUUUAUCAUUCACAACAGAAGCAGGAACUUACUUUAUUGUGAUGUCAUACAAGCUACUGAUACUCGCUUGUACGAAAUUAAAUAUUGAGAGCUACCAUAGUUUACAACGUAGUAUUAACGAGGAUUUUAUGUUUGUAUGUAAUAAGGGUGAAAAAUAUAGGAAGUUUUUUUUUUACAACCAAAUACAAACACGUAAAAUAUGCAAGUUGGCGAUGAUUUUUACGGUUGGUAUAGGUGUGUGCAUGAUAGCCAUAGCUAUAAUUUCGCUUGUAUACUAUUUGUUAACUCAUGAUCAUGGUAAAGGAAACAGACCACUUCUUUUUCCAUUCUGGGCCUUUGAUACUGAUUUCGGAGCGACGCCCACAUACGAAAUUGCGUUUAUAUUUUCAAAUACGUGUGUUAGUGCGUAUGCAUUCAAUUAUAUUUUCAUGGUUAUAACUCAAAUAAUAUGGAUCAGAGAGAUAGCGGUCAAAGCCGAUAUUGUUAUAUUAUGUAUCCACGACCUACUGGACGGAAUAUACCCAACUAGUGAUAAUAAUGAGAAAAUGUAUUUCGAUAUGCUAAUAAAAAAUCGUAUGAAGAAAAUUAUCAAGCAUCAUCACUCAAUGAUUACCUUGAUGGAAGAUUAUGCCAAAGUUUAUAAGAAACUGCUGUUGUUCGAACAAAAAAUUACCGCUCCCGUUGUUUGUCUGAGUGCUUACUCUGCGACUGAGAAAUUGGAAAUGGGAGAAUUGAAUGCAAUUUUGAUGGUUCUCUGCAUUGGGGCAACAGUCUUAACUUUUGUACCGAGUUAUUUAUGCACUUACCUGUCAAUGAAGGUCAGCUCAAUUUGCUACGCGUGUUGGGACAUACCCUUUUGGAAUGCUAAUCCAGUGAUACGACCAUAUCUAAUACUUAUCAUGCAAAGAUCUCUCAGACCUCUCCCACUCAACGCACCUGGCUUCGAAGAAGUGUCCGUACAAACAUUUUCUAAAAAAAUGGCGUCGGCGUAUUCUUUUUUCAAUAUGCUGAGACAAGCAAAUAUAUGA